UCGAGAUCAUUGUCAUUGUGUUUGUGUUGUUUGGUAUGAGCAUUAACAUUCGAAAUUCAUAGCCCAAAAACAAAAUUCGUAAGUGAUUACUUGUCCAUCGAAAGGCCACACCAUGCCCACCAUAAAGCUGUCGAUUGGUUUACCCUCCCGGCGAACGUUUGGAAGCAUUUGCAUACUCGGCGCCCUGGCCUCCAUUUCGGGCCUGGCCUAUAUGCGCUGGCGACAUGAGAACCUAGUCCGUCGCACGGAGUACUACCAGAUGGCCAUCCAGCAGGUUCGUCAGCAUAGCGGAGCCGUGGACCUCCUGGGCAUGCCCAUAAGGGAGACUGGCUUUAAUCUGUCCAACGAGAAGAAUCGCUGCGAUGCGGACCAGGCCCAGUUGCAGGUCUUCGUGCAUGGCCCCAAGGACAAGGGCACUGUCUACUUCUGGGCCUCCAACAAUGAGCAAAAGGGCUGGCUAAUCGAUCGCCUCGAGCUCGAGACAAAGCUGCAUCCCAACACACGCUUUCUCCUCAAGAGGCCGAACUAUGCUCUGGUUAGCAACGAAAGCGAUAAUGAGUCUGAUGACGAGGACUCUGAAGGGUUAUCCGAGCAGUCCAAUGAGUAUGUUUCCGAGCAACAGAAGCCGGCUCCACAGAGCAAGGAACCACUCCAGGAAACCCUACCACCACUCGACAUUCACAAUUAUCCGGUGCAACAACGGAAACAACAGGAGGACAAGGAGACAAUCCCUAUUGUCCAGACAACAGAAGGCGGACUUGUGGAGUAGGAAAAGUAAUCACUAAGAUGUAAGUAACCUGCGAGCCAUGAGGGAAAACUUUUCAGAUAUUACAUCAGAGAUGCCCAUUCUCUUUGAAACUAAUUAAUUUACGACUACUUAUAAUACAGGAUAGUUCUUAAAAUGUAAAUUGCAGAGAAUCAAACUUUACAAAACAAAAUUCCAUUAAAUAUGUAAUGCAAAUGAAAUCAUUUAAAAUGCAAAUUCUAAGGUAACACAGACU